UUCUAGAUAUUGCCUUCUCUCUUUUGUUUGUUUUCUCAUUUGAUCGGCAGUGGAUUUGACGAGCCAUCUCAGCCUCUAUACAGCCUCUAUACAGCCCGCGGUUCGCUUCUCCGCCGCUGGAUUCGCCUCGGCUGGCUCUCCCAACACACCAUCAUGGCUUCGAUCUUGCGGCAGAUUGUUGCUGGUCCGCGGACGCGGCAUCCAGAAGCAGGGCUGGACCUCUGUUAUGUGACGGAUUUCAUCAUCGCAACAUCCGGCCCUUCACAGACGUACCCCCAGAUGGCCUAUCGAACUCCUCUCGAUCAGCUCGUUGAUUUCCUCGAUUCAAAACACGGCGAAGACUGGGCGAUAUGGGAAUUCCGCGCCGAGGGGACAGGAUACCCUGACGAGGCCGUCUACAAUAGGAUAUGGCACUACCCAUGGCCCGACCACCAUCCCCCGCCAUUUCGGCUGAUUCCGUUGAUCAUGGCAAGCAUGCGGAAUUGGCUUCACGGCGGGGAGGCGUCGGACGGGCAGACGGAACACGACAACAAGCCGCUGCCACAGCCGCAGCCGCAAUCUUCCAAUCCGCCGAACGGAGACAACACUGAAGCUGUUCCUGAAGCUGUUCCUGAAACUUCUUCGGAACCAGCCAAGAGCGAGAGGAAUAAGAAGAGGGUUGUAGUGGUUCACUGCAAAGCCGGCAAAGGUAGAAGUGGCACCGCCAGCUGCAGUUACCUCAUUGCAGAGGAGGGCUGGAAGGCAGAAGAUGCCCUGACACGCUUCACUCAGCGUCGUAUGAGGCCUCAAUUCGGCGCUGGUGUAUCGAUUCCCUCGCAGCUACGGUGGAUCAGCUACGUCGACCGCUGGACAAAGGGCGGGAAGAAGUACACGGAUCGUCCGGUCGAGAUCGUCGAGAUUCAUGUAUGGGGGCUGCGUAAUGGCGUCAAAAUGGAUGUCGAGGCAUUCGCAGACGAAGGCAAGAAGAUUGAGACCGUGCAUACGUUCACAAAAGAGGAGAGAGUUGUGGUCGAGGGAGAUGCACCCGAAGGAGGUGGUCUGUCUGAGAUAAUAUGGGAUCUGGCAGGGUACUCAACCCAAAAGGAUAAGGUUCCUGAGGCGGUGGAAUAUGCCGAUGCAGCCAACGGCGAUCUCAAGAAACAGCCUUCGGAAUCGUCGAUGGAGCAGAUGCUGCGACGGAAGAGCGCCAAGCUGAUAGAAAGAGUAUCACCGCCCGGAUCGCACUCCAAACUCGACAAGUUCCGAGCCAUGCUUACUGCCGAACCAACCUCACCGACAGCUUCCUCUCCGUCCGAAGUCCGCACCGAGAGCCCUGAUGAAAUGGAGCCCGGUGGUAUGGCUGUCAUCUUCAAGCCGAAAGCCCCCAUUCUCAUCUCUAACAGCGACGUCAACAUUGCUGUUGAGCGGCGAAACAGAACCCACAAAUCGAUGGGGCUGACAAUGGUCACAGCCGUCGCCUACGUGUGGUUUAACGUAUUUUUCGAGGGAAAGGGUCCUGAACAACAAGGCAAGGCUGACAGCCAUGGCAUCUUUGACAUUGAGUGGGAUGCCAUGGACGGCGUCAAGGGAUCCAGUAGGAAGGGAACGAGAGCGUUUGAUCGCAUGUCAGUUGUGUGGAGAAUUGCUGAGAGCGGCGAGCCAAAGGCGGAAGAGGAGAUUGUCGAGCCCAAGGAGGGCGAGCCAGUGCCACAGACCAAGGCAGCGGAUUGGAAAGGCACCGAUAAUUCAAAGGCUUCGGGGGCGGAAAAGGAUCUCGGGCUACGACAACAAAGCCCUCUCAGUGUAGACAUAAGCAGAGCCAGCAGUAUCAAGAGCAUUGACGGAACAGUGAACCAGAGUCAAGGCCAGGGUGCGAGCAUCGACAAGGACAUGGAAGGUCUAAAGCGCAGCGGGCCAUCUGGAGAGGACUUGGAUGAGGCAGAGAAGAAGAGCUAAGGUAAUGAAAAAGACUACAUAAAGGCAAAAGUGGGAGCACGGCAUGGUUGUUUAGUUUGAGGGCGACAUGAGUUGUGAUUGGGAAAUACGGCAUAAGAGAUGAGGGAACAUAGUACAGCAGCUUUGAUACCAGCAUGGAAGGGAUUUUCUUUUCUUUUCCUUUAUAUGCCUGUCAUACGCGGUUUCGUGAAAACAAGCAUUUCAUUAUACCAUGCGACGCUGUCUAACUGCAGGACGUAUAUAUGCGUAACCAAACAUUUUCCAUUCAAGCGUGUUUCUCCCUCAUUAUAAAAAAAAAUAACAAUAAAAAUAAACAAUGACAGACACACAAACUCUCCC